AUGAACCUGGCCGAUGUAUGUAGUCGAGGGUUGACUGUGGAGAACUUUCUGAGACAUGAACUGUUCCACCAUGGGCCUAGUUUUCUGCAGAACACUGAGGAGGAUUGGCUUAGUAUGCCGAAGAUUGGGAGUCUCCCUGAUGACCAUCCAGAAGUGAAGAAGGAUGUGACUGUUACAGUUCUGGCUACAGAAGUUAAGGAGGACCCCCUGAUGAAGUUAGUACAUCACCACUCUAGCUGGGCAAAGUUGAGAGUAGUAGCAUGGUUAAUACGCUUCAUCAUAUGGAACAAGGACACUCACCUUGGACGCAAUGCAGUCAACUACACCGGGUUGAAAGGCAGGAUUAAAGGAAGUGAAAUUCAAGAUGCUGGUGAAGCAAUAGUUCGAUAUGUUCAGAGACAGGAAUUCAGCAGCGAGAUCAAGAAAUUGGGGAACGUUGGUCCAAAAAUGAAGCAUAGUCAAUUCCAGAAGCUUUGCCCAUUCAUCGACCCCAAGGGAUCACUGAGAGUUGGAGGCCGUCUUUCUGAGUCGAGUUUGCCAUACAACAGGAAACAUCAGCUACUUCUGCCAAACAGUCAUCACCUGACAAUGAUCAUAGCCGGAUACUACCAUGAGUCAUACAUGCACGCCCCACCGAAGACCUUACUGUACAUGAUCAGGAAACAUUAUUGGAUCAUCCACGGGACAAGGCUGAGCUACAAGAUACAGGAGACAUGCAAAACAUGCAUUCGGACAGUCGCAUUACCCAAGGAGCAAGUACAAGGAACUCUGCCAGUCUCCAGGGUCGCUGUUGGUAGUGCAUGGCUGCACACAGGAUGUGACAUAAUGGGUCCUGUACUCAGCAAGAUGGGACGCAGCACGCCAAAACGGCCCCAGAAGCUGUCGACUGAUUGUGCUGGGACAUUUGCGGCAGGGAUAAAGGAACUGAAUGAACUUCAAGAUGUCUACAACAACUCAGCAGUAGAAGAUUUCUUGAGACAGAAGGAAAUCUGCUGGGUCCCGAACAUUCCCAAGGCAUCGAAUCGGAAUGGUCUCUUUGAAAGGCCAUUCAGGUCACUGCGAAGAGCCCUCCUAGGAACAUUAAAAGACAGGACGCCAACAGAGGACCAGCUGUUGACGAUCGUUGCUGAAUGUGAGUUCCUCUACAAUAGUCGUCCUCUAUGUGCUCAGAGCAACAGCCCUGACGACAUACAGCCGUUAACGCCAAACGAUCUCCUCAAUCCAGAACCAGCUGCAGCCUAUGCUCCAGGGGUAUUUGUCGACCGUGACUUGAUGGUUCGCAACCACUUCCGUCAAGUUCAAGCCAUGGUCGACAUUUUCUGGCAUCGAUUUCGUCUCGAGUACUUGACCUCACUGCAAGAGAGGACAAAACAGCUCAAGGAAACACGUAACUUCCAAGUUGGCGACGUCGUUCUACUCGUCGAAGACAUGAAACUUGGACAUCGAGGACAUUACCCAAUGGGACGAAUCACCGCUGUAAAUCCGUCAACAGCAGACAACAACGUGCGAACGGUGCAACUCAAGACAAGCAAGGGAACGUAUGCCAGGCCAGUGAAGAGCAUCGUACCACUGGAGGCUGAAGGAACAGACUAA